GCUUUUGUUCUGCACCUAAUGUUUUCAUUAGGAAACUGGGCGAGAGAGAGAGAGAGAGAGAGAGAGAGAGAGAGAGAGAGAGAGAGAGAGAGAGAGCGAUAGAGAGAGAAGGAAGAAAGGAAGGGAAAAAUUGCAUACAGUCUAGGUUAGCAUUCAGGAGAUUUUGGGCACUGAAUACACUCUCCUCUCCUCCGCCAUGACCCGCCCCGCCACCAUCUCACUUGGACUUCUGCUCCUCCUCAUUGGCUACACAGCAGCAGGACCUGAAUCUGAGCUCCAACCCAGAGCUGUGCGGUCGAGUGCCUGUCAGGACCACAGUACUCUUCAUGACAGACUGGAUGUAGUGGAGAAGCGUGUAGAGGACACAGUCCAGAAGCUGGAGGAUGAGCUGGCUGUGCUCCUGGAUGCCAUAGAUGCCCCUGAGUGGAGCCCCCUGCUGGAAACUGCUGGAAAACCUGUGGUGGACAUCCUGGAUGGCCAGGGACUGGGAGAAGGUGUCGACUCCUGAGAGAGGAGAGAUCUCUGUUGAGGGGCUAUGCUACUUCACUCUGCUCUGAUGAGGGUGCACCUGGCAAGGACAGACAAUGAAAGAUACUUGAAUGUACAAUCUUUGUUUUUCUGGACUUGAAAGUGUACACAAACUGUAUAAAACAAGCGCUUUGAUGAGUAAACACAGGCUUAGUAUGUAUUCUGUGCAACAGUUGAUAGAUCACGACACUAAUGCUUACUUGACUGCAUAAUACACUCCUCUAAUCCUCAGACACUCUCAUCCUUUCUUCUUAGACUAAACCGGAAUUCCUACACACAAGGGUAACUGUCUCAGCCUCUCAGGAUGGCUACAGUUCUAAACAAUUGAUACGUUGUUUUUUAUCUAGUAAUGUAUUCUGUUCUGUGUGGGAUUGUGUCCCUUUCUCGUCCCAUGCCUCUGUUCCACUCCCUGGUGCCAGUUGAGAGCUACACAUGCAGCACCGAGCCACAAGGUAGGCCGUGCCCUUUACCACAGAUCAAGAAUCAGGUUACACAACCCCUAACCUAAACCAUUAGGGAGGCUUGAAAUAACACCCAACCUUGUAUCAGUGGUUAAGGGCAACUAAUAAUCUCAAUGUGAAUGAAUGAUGAAAACCACUAGAGUACUGGAAGGAUUUUAUUUAUCAAAGCAGCUAAAGCAACAUGUUUCAAUACACAGAGCAGUUUGAAUAGGUACAGUACAUGGUUUCCACUGAGACCCAGGCUAGUUGCAAGUGUAUUUAUUUUAGUCCCCAUAAAAAUCUUACAGAACAUGUUCAAAAUCGAAACACAAAGAGAAGAGUGGUCAUAGAUUUUGUUUUCUCAAAAAUGGACACCACAAUACUAAAAUGUUGCUACAAAGAUAAGACAGUAAUAUUAUCUGUGAGAGCGUUAAUCCUUAUCCAGUUGAUGGGAAAAGUACUGUGGUAAUUGGGCACUCGUUCUAUCACAAUGCUGUUUGAAACACCCAGGUAAAUAUACUUACAAUUUUAUCCAAUAAACUAGCAUUGUAAACACAAUGGUACAAACAUAAAGAUUUUUUUUUUGGGGGGGGGGGGGGUUAGGCAAGCAACAUCCAACCAGGAAUGGAGAUGCAUUUGAAAUGAUAUCAAGGGAAUGACAUUAGGCUACAAUAUUGUUGAACUUAGAAAUAAACUACAGAGCAGGGCUUCCAUUAAAAUCAAUGACUAUUCAUUACAAGCAAUCAACACAAUUCCAUGGCCAUUUCUAGCACUGGAGACAUUCAGUCAAGCUUUUUCACCUAGUCGUCAGUAGUGAGGACAAUGUAAAGACAUGUCGAAGAGCAGUAUUUAAGACUUUUCACAUAGCUAAGGGCAGACUCACACAAUGCCCCAAACCCUUGGCCCUUUUCCAUAUACAUAACAAAGCACAGAAAAUCUAAACUUACCCACAUUGGAGCAUAGGAGGGCAUAGAUACUGACUUAUUCAAUCAUCCACUUAAAGAAAUGCCUGUGCACUUGAACAUAUUCUUAAAACAAUCUACGGGAUGCCAAAAGUCACUGCAUAUCAUCUAAAAUAUCAUGGCAUCCAUAUAACACUGGGAAUAAAUGAUUUGUACAGUCGUAGGUCUUAAAAUCCGUUUUUAAAAAGCAAACCUAGACAUCACAUAGACAGGCAAGCAGGACAGGGCUACACUGAUUAUAUGAGGCCUCUCCUCUGUCAAUCAUCAGAACACAGGUGAACAUCAAGGAAUUCUACUGCCUGAAGCUUGCAUGUGCACAUACUGUAAGCCACACAAACCCUAGUGGUUGGCUCUCCUACAAGAUCUGCUUUAAAACAGUAAAUAGAGGUACAUGCAAAAAUGCAGGGUUCGAGACGCUAUCGGGGUAACUAAUGAGCUUAUUUUCACAGGAAGUCAGAUUAUUAUUUUUUUUACCCCCAUAUAAUUGAAUAAUAUUUUAUUUCCCCCAAAAAAACAUUCCUUUAUAUAUAAUCACAAUAAAUGCUUGUAUACAAAUGAUAGUAUUUUCAUUCACAGAAGGAACAGUGGUUCUAUGCGCUACAGAGAGGAAACAUACGUUCACACACAAAGUUCUUAGAAAUGGCUAUGCAAAUGGUAGAAAAGCUUUGGCAUAUCUGCCUACAAGUUGUGCCUGCACACUUGGAAAUAAAAUGAGUACAACAGUG